AUGAAUAUGAAUAUUGUCGAAGAAAUGCAGAUAACAGAUAUUGAAGCGCAACAAAUCGACAAUAUCAAAUUACAGAAACCUACUUUUUAUAAUCAAUAUUUACCAUUUUGUGAAUCGAUUAAUCAACGAGGUUCAGCAUGGUUCGAAGAAAUUCGAGAGAAUCUAUCACGUAUCAUUCAAAUGGGUGAAUUACAACCUGGUUUUGCAAUUUGGUCAUAUGAAUUACAACAUUUUCUUUCACUCUAUGGAUUCAAUUUUACUAAAGUCGAACAUCUCAAACUCAUCGAUUUUUAUUUGUCUAUUCUUUCUAUCACUGAUUUAAGUUAUUCCAAUGCGCAAAUAUGUUUUGACAGAUUGUACGAACUUUUACGAAAAACUUAUCUGAUAACUCGAGACGAAUUGACAAUCGAUUGGCGUACACUUGAUCAUUGGGCUAAACUAGUUUUUGAUAAUCAUGAUCAAACUGCUGGAUUGGUUAUACUGCCUAAAGAUAUAAAAGAUUCCUUUUUUUCCUGUAUAUUCUAUUGCUCUCCAUACUUUUCGGCAACAGCGACACAAGAAAUUCUCGAUGAAUUUCGUCCACGUCUUUGUCCAACUGAUUGGACAUUUUCGAAUAAUAUUCGAAUGCUUGAACUUUUCUUACCUGUACAUUUACCACCAAAUCUUCAUAAUCAAGGAUUUAAAUUAUGGUUAUCCGAAUUUUUUGAUAUAUGGGAUAGUGUAUACAAUGAUACAGAAUGGGAAUCACGUCUAACAAUACUUUUUUCAUGUGUUGCUUGGUAUAAUAUUGGAUAUGUUAAUUGGGAACCUUGGAUGUCACAAAUCUUUACACGAAUACUCAGAGGUUUUUCACUUCCAAUUGGUAAAUUACAAAUGCCAGCACAAAAAUACAGUUAUUUGAUAUAUUCGAUUAGUAAAUGGAUC